AUGAGUGACUAUUCAUCAUUGAAAGUGGCUGAUUUGAAGGCCGAGUGCAAGAAGCGCGGCGUCCCUCAGACUGGCCUCCGCCUCAAGCAGCAGUUCAUUGACAAAUUGAUUGAGCUUGACUCACAAACAAACCAGGUUACAACCGAAGAAGCAGCCCCUGCAGAAGAAUCCACCGAAUCACAGCCAUCUGCGCCAGAUGCUGUUUCACAUGAAAAGUCUCAGCCCGAACAACCAGAGAAUGAAGAGCUUGAAAAACCAAAGGAAGAACCAAUCUCACAACCCGAGGAAACAACAGCCCCUGUGUCAGUAUCGGAUCGAGCUGAAGAUGGACAAACACAAGCAGAUGAGUCGACCCAAGGAGAGGCAGUUUCGGUAACCGAUGUGAAAUCGCAAAAAGUUGAAGAUGUCGCAAAGCCUGCGGAGGAGGCACAAACAGAGGCAAUUACCCGCGAAAAUCAACCCCCUACAGCUGCACCUUCCCAGCCACAAAUGGAUGAGACAGCCCAAGAUGCGAAGAACGAAGACCCUGUGAAGACCCAAGAAAAAUCGAUCUCCGCUGCCCAAACAUCUGACGUUGACACCGGGUUAUCGACACCUCUCCCGGUGGAAGAGGCAUUGGAGGAUACACGUAAACGGAAACGCCGCAGCCAGAGCCCGGCUCCUACUCUAGAAGAGAUUGCAAAUAGGAAGGCUCGCGCGAAGGAAGCAACCCCACGCGCGUUGCUGAAAGACGACGAGGUGUCAAUUCCCCGCGGCCAGGGGCUCGGUGAUUUAAAGCCCGACGAUCAAAAAGCAGCGGAGGACCACACAGACAAACAACCUAUCGAGACGCAAACAGACUCGCACAAAACCCCCACCAAGCAAGACGCUCGGUUCCGCAACCUGUUUCCACCUGCUGGUGCAUCCACCCAACCUGCCUCGCCCCCGAGAGACGUCACAAUGCAGGAUGCGGACACCACCCCCGCGUUGCACGCUGCAACUUCUGCCCUCUAUAUCGACGGCCUCAUGCGCCCACUCCAGCCGGCUGCACUCCGCAAGCACCUGGCCAGCCUCGCAUCCACCACCGACACCACAGAUUCCGAUGCCAUCAUUGACUUUUAUCUCGAUUCUAUCAAAACCCACUGUUUUGUGAGCUUCACCAGUCUCGCAGCAGCUUCGCGGGUUCGUUCCGCCAUUCAUGGGACUGUGUGGCCCAACGAACGCAAUCGCAAGAAUCUCCGAGCAGAUUUUAUCCCUGAUGAGAAGAUCAAGGAAUGGAUCGAGACAGAAGAGAAAUCCCGAGAUCGCGCUGGCCCUGCUGCCCGUUGGGAAGUGAGAUAUGAGACAUCUGAAGAUGGAACCACGGCUACCCUUGCCGAGGUGGGCUCUACUCCCUCUGGACGACGUGAAUCAGGUUUCAACCGUACUCCUCCCUUGGGCCCGCGCCGCGAUGUUGAUCAGUUUGACCGUCGCCCUUCCAACGUGCCUCCCGCGGCUCCCGCACUCCCAUCACGACCAGGGCAGGGUUUUAAGCCUCUGGAUGAAUUGUUCGAAUCUACCACUACAAAGCCCAAGCUGUACUACCUUCCCGUUCCACGUCCCGUCGCCGAUAAACGUUUAGAUCAAUUCGAUGAGCUGAUUCGGAAGGGCACAUUCCCACGCCGUGGUGGUGAUGAGAUGCGGCGAAUUACUUUCGAAGAUGAUGAUAAGUUUGUGGACAUCGGCCCUGAACGAUUUGGGCCUGGACCUCGAUCUGGUGCCGGGCCUCGUGGACGCGGACGUGGCGGACGGCGUGGGGAUUCAUGGCGUUCCUGA